AUGUCCGCAUCACCGCAACCGACUCAGUCCGCUAAGCGGCCCCUUGAGGAAACAUCCUCUCCGUCUCGCACCGAUCAGCCCGAGGCCAAGCGACUAGCUUUGGACAAGGUCAUCAAAGAUCAAGAGGAGACUGCGGAGCCGAUUGCUGCCAGCAAUGGCGACACCUCUGCCGCCCCGGCCUCAACCUCAGAGGCCAACGGAACGGCCAAGCCGAACGGAGAGAAAUCGGACGUGAAAGACGUCCAGGGUGACACGAUUGUUCCCGAUGCCCCCGAGACCAAACGCAUCACCAGCACGGCCAGUGGCAGCACAUCGCAAGCCCAGUCAAAUCCUCCCCCGGCAAGCCACGACGAGACCACCUGGAUCCAUGUUCGCGCCGUGAUCUCGAGUCCCGAGGCCGCCACCAUAAUUGGAAAGGGUGGUGAGAAUGUUUCCAAGAUCCGACAGCUGUCUGGUGCCAAGUGCACUGUCAGCGACUAUCAAAAAGGCGCUGUGGAACGUAUUCUCACAGUCAGCGGUGUCGUCGACGCUGUUGCCAAGGCCUUCGGCUUGAUUAUUCGAACGCUCAACAACGAGCCCUUGAACGAGCCCUCGAAUCAGCAUUCCAAGACCUAUCCGCUUCGUCUUCUCAUUCCUCAUAUCCUUAUCGGAUCCAUCAUUGGCAAGGGCGGCUCCCGGAUUAAAGAGAUCCAGGAAGCAUCGGGCGCCCGGCUUAACGCGUCCGACUCUUGCCUUCCCCUGUCUACGGAACGCUCGCUGGUUGUGAUGGGCGUGGCUGAUGCCGUUCAUAUCGCCACCUACUACGUCGGCAGCACACUCCUAGAGCAGCUCAAUGAGCGCUUUGGUGGCGCUGCGGCUUCAGCCUAUGCAACUCGCAGUGGUGGCCCAGCUGGCGCUGUUCCGGGCGGAAUGCAGGUAAUUCCUUAUGCCCCUCAGCCCGCCGGCGGCAACUACGGCAAUCGCGAUCACUACAAUCGGGGUCGUCCGGACCCCCGUGGCCAUCAUAUGCCCCCCCAGCCGUAUGCUCCGCAGUACGGCCACCCUGGCCAGCCACACCACAGCCCUGCCCCGUUGCAUUAUGGUGCUCAACCCGCCGGUGUCUAUGGUGCGGCCCCGCACGUGCCACCCCACCAUGCUGGCCAUGUCGGACCCCAGCCUCAUGUCGGUCCGCAUGGGGCACCGGUGCCUGUCGGUGGUGUCAUGCCCGGAGCCCCGCUCACUCAGCAGAUCUACAUUCCGAACGAUAUGGUUGGCGCCAUCAUCGGAAAAGGCGGCCAGAAGAUCAACGAGAUUCGGCAGAUCAGUGGCAGCGUAAUUAAGAUUAAUGAACCACAGGACAACAGCAAUGAGCGCCUCGUUACGAUCACUGGCACAGAGGAGUGCAACAGGAUGGCGCUCUACAUGCUGUACUCUCGGCUCGAAAACGAGAAACAUCGGAUCUAG